ACUUGUAUACAGUCCGUAAAAAUAUAUAAUUAGAAAACAUGAAAUGGGAUUAUUAAGAGUAGGAUUUCAGCAUCGUCGACUCUUUCAAUCCCAAGUUGUCCCUCUUCCACACCACCAUUUCCAUCAAAAUCCAAAACCCUUUCCACAAACUUCCUCUUACCCCGUACCAUCUACACGUGCGACGAGAAGAAUCCCACCGGUGAGAGCAUCGUCGUCAGCAGUUCCCAAAAUGGUCAAAGCCAUCAGGAUUCACGAGCUUGGUGGUCCUGAGGUUCUGAAAUGGGAGGACGUGGAAAUGGGAGAGCCAGAGGAGGGGGAGAUUCGUGUGAAAAACAAGGCCAUUGGGCUUAAUUUCAUUGAUGUGUAUUUCCGCAAAGGAGUUUAUAAGGCCGCUGCAUUUCCCUUCACCCCAGGUAUGGAGGCUGUUGGGGUGGUGACAGCUGUGGGUCCUGGACUGACUGGCAGGCAAGUUGGAGACCUUGUAGCUUAUGCUGGUAGCCCAAUGGGCUCGUAUUCUGAAGAGCAGAUCCUUCCUGCGAACAACGUUGUGCCUGUUCCUCCCUCUAUUGAUCCUAUCAUUGCAGCUUCCGUUAUGCUGAAGGGUAUGACGGCCCAAUAUCUACUCCGCCGAUGCUUCAAGGUUGAACCUGGACACACAAUCCUUGUUCACGCAGCAGCUGGUGGAGUUGGAUCUCUACUAUGCCAGUGGGCUAAUGCCCUAGGUGCCACUGUCAUUGGAGCUGUCUCAACCAAAGAGAAGGCAGCUCAAGCCAAAGAUGAUGGGUGUCACCAUGUUAUAAUCUAUAAGGAAGAGGAUUUUGUUGCUCGUGUCAAUGAGAUUACAUCAGGCAAUGGGGUUGAUGUUGUCUACGAUUCUGUAGGAAAAGAUACCUUCCAGGGAUCAUUGGCAUGCUUAAAGACUCGUGGGUACAUGGUGAGUUUUGGGCAGUCAUCAGGUACACCAGAUCCAGUUCCAUUGUCAGCUCUUUCUGUGAAAUCCCUGUUCUUGACCCGGCCUACCCUUAUGCAAUACAAUACAACUCGGGAUGAGCUACUGGAAACUGCUGGGGAGUUAUUUGCUAAUGUCACAUCAGGUGUCUUGAAGGUUCGAGUAAAUCAUACCUACCCUUUGUCUCAGGCAGCACAGGCACAUGCAGACCUUGAAAAUAGGAAGACUACUGGAUCUGUUGUGCUGAUACCAUAAGGCAUGAUACUUCCAAAUAUCUUAUUGGGUUAUCCAUAUUUGAAAUUCCUUCUAGUCUGUGUGAAAAGAACUUGAAUGUCUUCUGGAUAUGGCCGGGUUGCUGGAUGCAAACUCUAUGUUAUGAACUAGUUAUCAAGAGAGCUGUUGUGAGAUCAAUAAAAGGAUUUGAACUUGUAUCUUUCGUGUGUAAUUUUCAUGCUUUUGAUGUAAAUAUAAUAAAUCUGCAAACAGAUCAUGUGUUCUCACAUUUGUUUUUUAUUAUUAUUAUUAUUUUUUUUUAAUU